AAAUUAUCGAUGCAAUGAUACGAAUAAAACUCCAUAAACUCAAUACAAUCCGCAGUCAAUCACGGGGUAAAAGUUUAGAUAUUAUGAGCACUGGUGAUGAUACAGAUGACAGGGCCACGGGAAAUGUCCUACCGGUGCCUCUCGGCAACUUUAUUAACCAAGAAUAUAGUGGCUAUAUAUCGCUGGGAACUCCACCGCAACCAUUCAGCAUAACAUUUCAGACGGGAACCUCCAGCCUAUGGGUGCCGUCUGUCCGGUGCCAGUCGUGCGCCUGUAAAGUGCACAGCAACUAUAAUUCAUCAAGAUCAUCGACCUAUGUUAAAAACGGUACCGCGUUUUCAAUCCAAUACAUGUACGGCAGUGCCAGCGGUUAUCUCAGCACCGAUACCCUUAUCAUAGGUGGAGUCAAAGUAGUCAAUCAGACGUUCGCAGAGGCCCUGUCUGUGCCGGGAAUACAGUUUGUUUACGGCGCGAGUGGUAUACUAGGGCUGGGAUUCCCGCAGUCGGCGGUGGACGGCGUGACCCCA